AUGGUGCGAGUACCUUCAGAGAAGAAUCGACCUCACAGAGGGUGCUGCAGAGGGCCAUGGGGUUAUAUAAAUCCCAGGGCAGAGGGAAGGUGGAGAGGAGGGAGUCAAGAGAAGCAGAGGGUGGCAGGAGAGCCAGAGUUCCAUCAGCCAAAGAAUCAUGAGGAGGAGGUCACAUCUGGAGAGCAGGGAUUUGCUGAGCAUGACCCCGAGGGUCUCGUUUGCAGCUCCAAGAGUUUACAAGGGCAUCUGACCCAAGUCCCCUGGCUUCUGCUGCUUCUCAUCUCUUUGGGCCUCUUUUUGCUUAUGUUGGCCACCCUGGUUCAAGUCUCCAGGAUUCGUGCAUACUCACAGGGACAGACCCAGGAUCAGCAGGGUAGCUCCAGCUUGGACAAGGUUGCCGUUCCUCGGGAGCAGACACACUCCGGCUUGGAGCAGAUCCAGCAGAUUCAGCAGCAGCUGACUCAGUUCAACGCCUCGCUGGCUGGCCUGUGCCGGCCCUGUCCCUGGGACUGGGAGCUCUUCCAGGGAAGCUGCUACCUCUUCUCCAGAACCCUGGGCAGCUGGGAAACCUCUGCCUCCUCCUGCGAGGAUCUCGGGGCCCACCUGGUGAUUGUCAACAGUGUUUCAGAGCAGCAAUUCCUCAAAUACUGGCACAUCAGAAAGAAUCAGCUCACCUGGAUCGGCCUCAGCGAUCACAGAAGUGAAGGUUCCUGGCAGUGGGUAGAUGACACCCCACUCAAACUCAGCUUCUGGAAAGAAGGGGAGCCCAAUAAUGAAGGGGACGAGGACUGCGUGGUAAUGGCAGAAGAUAAAUGGAAUGACAGCCGUUGUACUGCAAACAACUUCUGGGUCUGUGAGCAGCCCUCGGCUCCCUGCCCUGGUUACUGAGGGUCUGUGCUCCCCUAGCCACACAGGCAACUUGGGGGCACUCUGCUCCCGUUCCAGCUGCCUUGUUCAUCCCAGUGCCCCUGUUCUGAGACCUCUGAGAUCCUGAGAGAGUCCCUGAGGCACCCUACCCUGCAGCGCUUCCCUCUUCCUCUGUGGGUGAUUUCAGUUCCACAAAUCCCCUCAGUAGAGUCACACCCGCUUGGGGCUGGGGUAUAGCUCAAUGAUACACCCCAGUUUGCCUAGCAUGGGUGGCUCUCUGAGUCCCAUCCCCAGCACCCAAAUAAAAUAAUAAACUAUUAAGUGUA